GAACGCCUGUAGUUAUCUCAGCCAACAUGGCUUCAUUUAAACAGACAUAACGCUGCAAAUAGCUGGUUGACACGCGCCGCUAAUGGGACGUGGGACGUCAUUUCCGUAUGUCUAGGACAGAGUUUUAUUAUCUCCAAGAUAAACUCCACUGGGUUUUUAUAGCAAGGAAAACAGUAAUGCGGAACACCCUACGGAGUUAUUCACUACCAGUACCCAAUAUCAGUCCGUAAGAUGCAAAAGGCGUUAAAAGACUGGGCUUGUUAAUGUCAUUACAAUUACGUUUGUUUUAAGGGAAACAUCACACAAGUCACCAACUGUGGAGGACAGCUGCGGAGUUGACCGUGUAUACACAAUUUGUGCAUCGGUGACGCGGUGCCGUGCUUCGGAGGGUAAUGAUGGAAUCGCGGCUGCGCGUCCUCGCCUGCCGGGCGCGCGCUGCACCACUAUGGCGUGUGCGCGCGGCACAUACACGGCGAAGAUCGUGCCUCAGAGGUGAGACUACAGUCCCAUCAUCAGAACAUAGACUUGGUGCAGGGAUUACAGAUUACAGUACAUCCAUUUCAACAACAGGAGAUUUGCAUAAAAGGACUAUAUUUUCAUUGGCUGGAAAGAAGUUCUACUUUGACACUCAUGCAGUUGUACAAGUCCUGGAAGCCAAAGGAUUCACAGCUCAGCAGUCGGAGACAAUUGUAUCAGCACUACUGAAAAUCAUGAAUACCAACAUGGACCUUAUAUACCAGGAUAUGGUUUCCAAAGUGCAACAGGAGAUUACUCUUCAGCAAGUCAUGUCGCACAUAGCCUCUGUGAAAAAGGACAUGAUCAUUCUAGAGAAAAGUGAAUUUUCUGCUCUCAGAACACAAAAUGAGAAAGUAAAGAUUGAAUUACAGCAGUUAAAGAAACAGAUGCUUGAUGAAAUUGUCAAAGCCCGUUCAAAUAACAAAUUAGACUUUAAUUUGGAGAAAAGCAGAGUUAAAGAAAUGUACGCUGAUAAUGACCGGAAGCGUCUGGAACUUAGAACAGAGAUAGUAGAAAUGCAUUCCCAACAAGAUAGAGGACUGACUCAAACAAAGAGGAAGAUUGACACAGAGGUAGCAGGAAUUAAAACCAUGCUAGAAUCCCAUAAACUUGACGCUAUCAAAUACCUUGCAGGUUCUGUGUUUACAUGCCUUACGAUAGCUUUGGGAUUUUAUCGUCUGUGGAUGUAACAUUCAUUGGUCUGCACAAUUUCUUACAUUUUACAGUCAUCUCCUAGUUUAUCGUUUUAAACACACUUUAAAUAUGGAUUAUUUUGAUAAUCCGCUAUAUUACCAAAGAAAUCAACUGCACCCACUUGUAAAACACUUUGGGCUAAAUAUAACAGCCUGCGAGCUGCCUAAGGUGCGUGACUUUGUGCAAGUUUGCCUUGUAAAUGAUUGCUGCUUGAAAAAUACGUCCAGACUCGCGCAAAGUCCCGCAGCUCGGCAGGCUAUUACAUUAUCCCUUUUUGUGGAACUAUGUUAAUGUUUUUCCGUCCACUCAUUUAUAACAGUGUUCUGAAUUGGCUUGUAAAGAAUGUAAAGCACAAUAAAUAUAUUGUUUAUAGUCAGAAAUAUCUGCAUUUUGGCUUGUAUGUGCACAAUAUUUUCACUUUCUGUACUUAGCCUGUUGUGUCCAGAUGGUAUUUUCAGUGAAGGAAUCAACUAAAUUUUACUCCAAUGUAAUGGAGUAAAGGAAUAUUGCUGCAGCAGGAUUAAGAUUAAAUUGCUGAAGCAUUCUAUAUAUACAGAUGUGUCCAGGGGCGUCUCUAGAGAGGAGGGGACCCAUGUGCAGACUCCGUAUAUGUGGGCCCCCUCCUCUCCUGUAGCCGUCACGCCGCUGCUAGCGCUCUGAGCGAUGUAGACUCUGGCACAGUGCCAGAGUCUACAGUGCAUGCGUAGGACUCCGAAAAAUGGCCACAGCAUCAUUUUUUGGGAGUCCUGCGCAUGCGCUGUAGACUCUGGCACUGUGCUAGAGUCUCUAGUGGUCAGUGCGCUAGCAGCGCGACGGCUACGGGAGAGGAGGGGGCCCACACACGGUCAGCAAUGGACUCCGGAAAGCUAAGUAUCUGUUCAUAUUCAGUGAAAUGCUUCAGAACUCAUUGGACGGUGCUUCACAGUGCAAAUGGACUAUGACCCGAAGCAUACUGAGAAAGCAACCAAAGAGUUUUUUAAGGCAAAUAAGUGGAAUGUUAUGCAAUGGCCAAGUCAAUUACCUGACCUGAAUCUGAUUAAACAAGCGUUUCACUUGAUGAAGACAAAACUGAAGGGAAAAGGCCCCAAGAACAAGCAGGAACUGAAGACAUUUGCAGUAGAGGCCUGGCAGAGCAUCACCAGGGAUGAAACCCAGCGUCUGGUGAUGUCUAUGCGUUCCAGACUUCAGGCUGUAAUUGACUGCAAAGGAUUUGCAACAAAAUAUUAAAAAGUGUAAGUUUGAUUUAGGAUUGUUUAGUUUGUCCCAUUACUUUUGGUCCCUUAAAAAGUGGGGGGCACAUAUAGAAACCAUUGUAAUUCCUACACCGUUCACCUGAUUUGGAUGUAAAUACCCUCAAAUUAAAGCAGAAAGUAUGCAGUCAAAGCA